AUGGCGGUGGGUCGGAGGGAGAAGAACAGUCAAUCAACGAUACGAGGAUCGCGAAUCGCGAUUGCAAUUGGGAUCGGAGUUUUAGCCGGAUGCAUUUUCGCCUUCUUCUUCCCCAAUGGAUUCCUCUCCUCUAAUCCGCCUCGCCGUCUUUCCAAAUCCAGUCUCGAGGAGGAUUUGUCCUCGUGUGAACCUCCGGAAAAAAUAAACAUGUUGAAAACGGACAUCAUGAGGGUGUCGGAAAAGAAUGCGGAGCUGAAAAGGCAAGUAAGAGAGCUGAAUGAUAGGUUACGCUUAGCUGAGCAGGGAAAAGAUCAUGCGCGGGAGCAGUUUAUGGUGUUGAGUGAACCACAUAAAGCCGGGCCUUUUGGUACAGUUAAGGGUUUAAGAACUAAUCCAACCGUUCUUCCUGAUGAAAGCGUGAACCCCAGACUUGCAAAGAUAUUGGCUGAGGUUGCUGUUGGAAAAGAGCUUAUAGUUGCUCUUGCCAAUUCAAACGUGAAAGCCAUGCUUGAGGUCUGGUUCACCAGCAUUAAGAAAGUUGGUAUUCGUAACUACCUCGUAGUUGCGUUAGAUGAUACAAUUGUGGAUUUUUGUAAGUCAAAUGAUGUCCCUGUGUACAAGAGGGACCCAGAUGAAGUUAUUGAUUCUCUUGGAAAGAUUGGAGGUAAUCAUGCUGUCUCUGGACUGAAAUUCCGAAUCUUGAGGGAGUUUUUGCAGCUGGGAUACAGUGUUCUCCUUUCGGAUGUUGAUAUAGUGUACUUGCAGAAUCCAUUUGAUCAUUUGUAUCGGGACUCAGAUGUAGAGUCCAUGACAGAUGGUCAUAACAAUAUGACAGCUUAUGGCUAUAAUGAUGUUUUUGAUGAACCUGCGAUGGGUUGGGCUCGAUACGCUCACACAAUGAGGAUAUGGGUGUAUAAUUCUGGUUUCUUUUAUAUAAGGCCUACUAUUCCUUCAAUUGAGCUUUUGGAUCGGGUUGCUGACAGGAUGGCUCACCAGGCAAAAGUUUGGGACCAAGCAGUUUUCAAUGAAGAGCUCUACUACCCAUCGCAUCCAGGUUAUGUAGGGCUUCAUGCUUCCAAGAGAACUAUGGAUUUCUAUUACUUCAUGAACAGUAAGGUCCUCUUUAAGACUGUAAGAAAGGAUGCUAAUCUGAAAAAACUCAAGCCGGUUAUUGUUCAUAUAAAUUACCACCCUGACAAACUGUCAAGAAUGCUGGCAGUAAUAGAAUUCUAUGUUAAUGGGAAGCAAGAUGCUCUAGAUUCAUUCCCAGAUGGUUCAGAAUAG